AUGAAGGAAACUGAAACUAUAAAGAUUACUCCGAUAGACUUCUCAAUAUUGCAAAUAAUGAGACUUAUAGGGUCAGAUUUUGCUGACUCAAGAAUUGUUGAAAAAAUUCUUGUAAUAGUGCCAGAAAAAUAUGAAGCAACUAUUAUUGCCUUGGAGAAUACCAAGGAUUUGUCAAAAAUUCCCUUGGUAGAAUUGCUUAAUGCAUCGAAAGCACAAGAACAAAGAAGACCGGUGAGGGAGGACAUAAAAAUCGAAGGAGCUUUACCAGCCAAGCAACAAAAAUUCGAUGGAAUUGGAUCAAGUUCAACACCAACAAAUGCAAAAGGAGAGAAUGAAAACUGA